AUGGAGGGGGUGCCGCAGCCCAGGGCCGUCAUCAACAACCCUGCUGACAUCGGAGUUAUCGUGGGCUACUUCAUCCUGGUCAUCUGCGUAGGGCUCUGGUCCAUGUGCCGCACCAACCGGAACACCAUCGGGGGUUACUUCCUGGCUGGUAGAAACAUGGUCUGGUGGCCGGUGGGCGCGUCUCUCUUUGCCAGUAACAUCGGCAGUGGGCACUUCGUGGGGCUGGCUGGCACUGGUGCUGCCAAUGGGCUGGCGGUGGCUGGCUUCGAGUGGAAUGCUCUCUUCGUGGUUCUCCUCCUCGGAUGGCUCUUCGUACCUGUCUACCUCACUGCCGGGGUGAUCACGAUGCCCCAGUAUCUGAAGAAGCGAUUUGGGGGCCGGCGAAUCCGGAUCUAUCUGUCCAUCCUGUCCCUCUUUCUCUACAUCUUCACUAAAAUCUCAGUGGACAUGUUCUCGGGGGCUGUGUUUAUCCAGCAGGCUCUGGGCUGGGAUAUCUACGUCGCUGUCAUUGCCCUGCUCGUAAUUACCACCAUAUACACCGUGACAGGGGGGCUGGCGGCCCUGAUGUACACCGACACCGUGCAAACCUUCGUCAUCAUUGGGGGAGCCUUCGUCCUCAUGGGCUUUGCGUUUCACGAGGUGGGGGGCUACCAGGGGCUCUUUGACAAGUACCUGGAGGCCUUUCCCAGCAACACCCUCUCUCCAGCCCCGGCCCUGUACAACAUCUCAGCCACCUGCUACCAGCCCCGCCCCGACGCCUUCCACCUCCUCCGCGACCCCCUGACCGGAGACCUCCCCUGGCCAGCGCUAAUCUUCGGCCUCACCAUCAUCUCCACCUGGUACUGGUGCAGUGACCAGGUGAUUGUGCAGCGUUGCCUAGCGGGCAAGAGCCUGACCCAUGUCAAAGCCGGCUGCAUCCUCUGUGGGUACCUGAAGCUGUUGCCAAUGUUCCUCAUGGUGAUGCCAGGAAUGAUCAGCCGCAUCCUUUACCCAGACGAGGUGGCCUGCGUGGUGCCAGAGGACUGCAAGCGGAUCUGUGGCACUGAAGUCGGCUGCUCCAACAUCGCCUACCCCAAGCUGGUGGUGACUCUCAUGCCUGCCGGUUUGCGGGGGUUGAUGCUGGCCGUGAUGCUGGCCGCCCUGAUGAGCUCCCUGGCCUCCAUCUUCAAUAGCAGCAGCACCCUAUUCACCAUGGACAUCUACAACCGCCUGCGGCCCCGGGCCAGGAGCAAGGAGCUGCUGAUUGUGGGCAGGGUGUGGAUCUUGUGCAUGGUGGCCAUCAGCAUUGCCUGGAUCCCAGUGGUGCAGGCGGCGCAGAGCGGACAGCUUUUCGAUUACAUCCAGUCCAUCGCCAGCUACCUGGCACCACCCAUCGCCGCCGUCUUCUUCCUUGCCCUGUUCGUCAAGAGGGUCAACGAGCCCGGCGCAUUCUGGGGGCUGGUCGGGGGGCUGCUGAUGGGUCUGGCCCGUCUGCUGCCUGAAUUCGCCUAUGGCACUGGCAGCUGCAUCUUCCCCAGCGCCUGCCCCCGCCUCAUCUGCGGGGUGCACUACCUGUACUUCGCCAUCAUCCUCUUCCUUGCCAGCGUCGUCCUGGUGGUGGGGGUAUCGCUUUGCACCCCGCCCAUCUCCGACAAGCACCUACACCGGCUGGUGUUCAGCCUGCGUCACAGCAAAGAGGAGCGCGUGGACCUGGACACGGAGGAGGAGGAGGAGAGAAGGAGGCAAGAAACGAGGCAGCAACAGGGAGUGGCCGCGAAUGGGGCUAUGGAGCACGUGUUGGAGGUGGAAGGCCCCCCGGCCGGUCAGCCCCAGGGCUGCGUGGGGCGCUGCAUGGCCUGGCUCUGCAGCCUGGGGGGUUCAGCGCAGCGGGAGCCGGAGCCGGGUGUGGAGCGGCUGCCGGACAUCACGGAGCACCCAACCUGGAGCCGGGUCGUCAACCUCAACGCCAUUGUCAUGAUGGCCAUCGCCCUCUUCCUGUGGGGCUAUUACGCCUGA